AUGACGGCGCUCCCGUGCCUGGCGCCAAUUUCGCAGGUUCCUGGUCGGCCUCCAGUCCGACCCGAGCGCCCGGCAUCCAAGCCGGGCAGCAGCCGAGAGGCGGCAAGGCUGACCUCGCCGGAGGUGGCUAGGACCUCGCCGGAGGUGGCUAGGACCAGCCUCCCCGACCCGUCGGAGGGAGGGGGCCGACAAGGAAGGCGGCCCUAUACCCCAGACUGGGCGGUGUUCGAGGGCGACUCAGCCCUUGAGAACGCUGAGAAGGCGCGGCAAUUCUUCCGCGGUGCACUCCUUCCCGCCGACAUGGCAAAAAUUCGGGCCUUGAGCAUGAACCAGUUCUUGGAUUCGGCUCGCAUCUCCGCUCACCUUCACGAGGUCGAGACGCUGAUUUCAAUCGGUGCAGAUUACAAGGAACGAGCUCGCCGAAGUGCACGAGCGCAAGAAGAAGCUGAGAAUAAAUUGGCGGAGGCCGAAAGCAAGUUGGCAGAGGCCGGGCUCCAAAAGAAAGAGCUUCUGCUCAGACUGGGGGCCACUGAGGACGAGGUCCGUCUCUUCAACAUGACGCUUGAGGAAGAAAGGGCCGGCCAUGCUCUGACCAGGUCAGAGGUGCGGGCUGCCGAGGCCCGUUUGUCCGAGGCUCAAUCCCUGCUCGCCGUCCGUGAGCAGGAGAUAAGAAAUUUGGAGCAGAAGGCCGAGCAACACGAGGCUCGGGAGAAGGCGGCCAGGGAGCAGGCCCGAAAUGCUGUCGAACUCUUCCGCGAAUCGGAAGAGUUCCGCGACCUGCUCGAGGAGGAGGGGGUGAACGGGCUCACCCAAGGCUUCAAUGACUUUCGCAAUCAACUACGGCGGUUCCUCCCCAACUUCGACCUCGAUCUGCUUCAACCGGGAGCGGGGGUCGAGUUCGAGGCAGGUACUCCGGCGGUCGACGAGGCCGCCGAGGAGACUGGGUCCGCUGCUGAGGAGGGUUCAGCAGGAGCGCCUGAGGCUGCUCCCAAGGCUGCCGAAGACGGCCAUGCCGAGGCUUUGGCCGCGGAGGAACCAGCUGCCCCCGGAACCGCCGAAGACAAUAGGGCCGAGCCGUAG